CUGAAUCGCUCCCGUUGAUGCUACAGUCCUCUCAUCGUUUUCGAUAUAUCUUAUUUCUUGCUAUUACGAGAUCAUGUAAAUGUGAUUUUUUUUUCAAAGCAGAUAGCCAUUAUGUCGAAUGAACGAUUAGCCGGUUCGCUUGUAGCUGUCGCCUUGAAGGCAAUCAGCUUAAAUAUCGGACUCCACAUAUCUAUGCGCUUGUGUACCUUCGUCUUAAACGCAUUUAUACUUCGCCACAUCACCAAAUAUGCCUUCGGAGUGAUUAAUGUCCGGCUGAUGCUAUUAUUCUCAACUAUACACUUUCUUGCCAGUGAACCCUUUCGAAGAGCGUGCUGUACGGAUACCUCUCAUGAUAAGUGGAGUAAAAUUAUUAACUUAUCCUGGUUGAGUGUUCCUUUGGCUAGUUCGGUGGGUGCGCUUCUUUCGGUGGUAUGGGUUUAUCUUUUAGAAACUCCAGAUGACCCAACGUAUUUGCUUAGUGUGGGUAUCACUUUCGUCGCGGCCAUUAUCGAAGUUAUGGCUGAACCUAUGUUUAUUAUUGGAUGCGCCUUUGGAUACGUUAAGUUUAAGGUUUUUGCCGAAGGUUCAGCGUUGGCACUUCGCUGCGUCCUGAUGUCGGUGCUCGUAUUCGUUCGGCCUAGUCAAGCUUUACUUGCGUACGCCAUUUCACAGCUUAUCGCCUCAACCUACUUCACUGUAAUUUUCUACGCAUACUUUCAUUUCGUGUGUGCUCAUAACCUUGAUACGAGCUUACCGAUCGCUCACAUUUACCAAAUGAUUCCGUUCUUUGAGGGUGUCGAUGGAGCCGUGGGUGAGCUCGCGGCAAGCUUCGUCAAGCAAACUGUAUUCAAGCAGGUUCUUACCGAAGGCGAACGUUAUGUUAUGACAACAUUCUGCGUUCUCGACUUUGCCUCGCAGGGUGUUUACGAAGCUGUCAGCAAUCUCGGUUCGCUGGCUGCACGUUAUAUCUUCGGACAAGUGGAGGAAAAUGGCUAUCUUUUGUUCGGUCAACUCUUCGGUAGAGGCGAUCCGAACACGAGAAAAGAAUCGGACGUUCGUUUGGGUGCCGAAAUUCUCAGCAACCUUCUCAAGCUCAUGCUGAUCGUCGCUCUCGUAAUUGCAACGUUUGGGCAGGCGUUCAGCGGGACCUUACUGUACAUUUAUGCCGGCGAUAGCUUGCUGCCAUUUGGCCGCACUUUGAUGCGACUUCACUGCAUGUACAUAGCAUUCAUUGCAGUAAACGGUAUUACCGAAUGUUUUGUAUUUGCCACGAUGACCAAAAAGCAAUUGGAUAAACAUAAUGCGAAGAUGGCCCAGUGUUCAUUGAUUUUCCUCGUCGCGUCGUACGUCUUCAGUCGGAUAUUUGGUGCGGUUGGGCUCAUUUUUGCCAACAUGGUGAAUAUGACAUUACGAAUCGUUCUAAGUUUUUGUUACAUCAAUCACUUCUUUGCCCAAAUCAAUGCAAACAUUGUUUUACGUUCAAUGCCUAAUAAAUGGGUAAUUAUUAUCCUUAUAACGAGUUGUGCGCUGACGCUUACAAGCGAGCUACUUAUUGGAGAUCGCAUUAUUCCACAUGCAGCUUUCGGAGGCGUAUGCUUUUUAAUAGUGACCAUAGUCACCUAUAAAAGCGAGCACGAACUUACGAGUUUUAUUAGAAAGAACGUCAUAGAAAAGAAGCUUUAAUGCUCUGCGUUUAGGCGAUAAACAGCA